AUGACCGAGUUUCUCAAUUACAAGGUCGUGCUACAUUUCAAAGACGGCACCGAGUCGCAAGGGUUCAUCUCCAACGUGGACUCCACGCUGAUCUCGUUGGGGAACAAGUCCUACAAGAACACCUUGGUCAAGGACUUGAAAGUGGUGUCGUUGCCCUCUGAAAAAUCGAAAAAGAAGAACGUCCACGGCGGUAUUGGGGGCGAGGCCAUGCAGAUGAGCUCGUCCAAGUCCAUUUCGCGCGUUGGCACGCCCAAAAUGUCCAAGAAACAGCCCGACUGGGGCUCCGAUGUGGGCGACAUCAAGGUCUCGGACGACUUCGAUUUCCAGGCCAACUUGGCCAUGUUCGAUAAGAAGUCUGUGUUUGCCGACUUCCAGAAAAACGAGAGCAUCAAUGCCCUGGACAGGUUGGUCAGUCUCAACAAGGUGAACGAUAAGUACGACAACGAUGAGAAUGUUCUCUCGGGACAGAACAAGGAUAACUGGAACAGCAUCGGCUCCAUUUCGCAGCGCCUCACGCUGCCUGCGCCCGCUGCCAAUGGUCCUUCUAUUGGCUCUCAUUUGGCUCGUGAGCAGCAGCUGUACUCGUUCACUUACGAGGACGACCCUACCGCUGUUCCUCUCGCGUCGCCCGUGCAGCUCUUGGAGAUCGAGCGCAUUGCUACUGAGUCUUUUAGCGUGGACCAGAAGGCGUUCUCCGAGGUCUGUGCCGUCAACUUGUUCCUGUUGAUUCUGAGCAAGAUCCUUGGAGGCUCUGUCAGAUUGAACCAGAGAAAAAAUCACAACUUGCCGCCUUUGGUGCUUCUUCUUGUUGGCGGCGGCCGCAGCAGCAGCAGAGCCUUUGCAUUGGGUAGACAUUUGACCAACCACGGUGUUCGUGUGCUUGCAUAUGUCAUCAACGAGGAAAUGGUCGAUGGGGAGACACUCCACCAGUGUCAAUUGUUCGAGAAGUGCGGGGGCAAGGUUGUCAGUGCCAAAUUCGCCGAGCUCUUGGACAUUUUGCAUAAGCUAGACACACCUGUCGAGUUGAUCAUCGACAGCUUGCAAGGCUUGGAGGGACAAUUGUCGGAUCUCUUCUACACCGCCGAAAGCAUGGCUACGCUCACACAGGUUGUGAACUGGGUCAACGAGCCAAAGCAGAGCUCUCGCAUUCUUUCGUUGGAUGUUUCCUCGGGCCUCGAUGGAGGCUCAGGAACCGCCUCUCUGCCACAUCUCGUGGUCAAGAGUAGGUACAUUGUCUCGAUGGGACUUCCCUUGAGUGGACUCGUGCAUGCAUACAAUAAUGGCUCGUUGAGCGAAGAGAUCACUCAUUACGUGGUGGAUGUAGGUGUUCCAAACGCUGUCUACAACUCGCGCCCACAUUUGCGCAAGUUUGACAAGUUUUGGUUUUGCGCCGAGCAGCAUAUGAAGAUUACCGUCAAGUCUGAGUAG